CUUCAUAAUUUUGAUGCUCUGUUACCAUUUUCUUCUUAUGAGUAAUUAGUAAUUCACAACUGGAUGAAAAGAAACAGUACUAAGUGGUUUAAUUCUACACUGUUACUAUGAUGAGAAGCUUAGGUAGUAUCAUCGUGAUGCAUUGUUGUGUAGUGUCGUUUAGCUUGAAGUAGGAAUGACAAGUUCAAAUAGUGCGAAAAACUGAUAAAAUGGGGGCAGAAGAUGAUGUUGAAUGUUCGAGUUUACACGGAGGAGCUUCUACAAAUGCGAAGAACUUCACAAAGGUUUCACUUGUUCCUCUUACAUUCCUUAUAUUCUACGGUGUCUCUGGUGGUCCUUUUGGUGUUGAAGAUACUGUCCGUGCAGUUGGUCCUCUUUUAACACUUGUUGGCUUUUUAAUAUUUCCCAUUAUAUGGAGCAUACCAGAGUCCCUGAUUACUGCAGAAUUAUGCACUAUGUUCCCUGAAAAUGGAGGAUAUGUUGUAUGGGUAUCGUCGACUUUAGGUCCUUAUUGGGGAUUUCAGCUAGGAUGAGUAAAAUGGAUGAGUGGUGUAGUUGAUAACGCGUUGUACCCGGUAUUGUUUCUGGACUACAUUAAAUCUGCUGUCCCAGUACUGGCCGAAGGUUAUCCAAGGACGAUCGCAAUCCUUGUUUUUGUCGUAGCACUCACUUAUUUGAACUAUAGAGGUUUAACUGUAGUUGGUUGGGUUGCUACAGCGUUAGCGAUAUUUACUCUCCUUCCUUUCAUAGUUAUGGGACUUAUCGCUCUUCCUAAGCUAGAGCCUUCGAGAUGGUUUGUAGUGGGUUUGGAAAAUGUACAAUGGGGACUGUUUUUUAAUACACUUUUUUGGAAUUUGAACUAUUGGGAUGCAGUGAGUACUGUGGCCGGGGAAAUAGAGAAUCCUGGGAAAACACUUCCUAAAGCUCUCUUCUAUGCAGUUCCUUUAGUUGUCUCCGGUUAUUUCUUUCCUCUUCUAUUUGGCACAGGAGCUGUUCCGUUGAAUCGCGAUCUCUGGACUGAUGGUUAUUUCUCAGAGAUUGCUAAGAUCAUCGGAGGAGUUUGGUUAAGAUUGUGGGUUCAAGGGGCUUCGGCUGUGUCAAAUAUGGGAAGUUUUUUAGCUGAGAUGAGCGGCGACUCAUUUCAGCUUUUGGGAAUGGCAGAACGGGGGAUGCUUCCUGAUGUUUUCGCGAAGAGAUCGCGUUAUGGAACCCCUCCUAUCGGUAUUUUGUUUUCUGCAUCAGGUGUUUUCCUUCUCUCUUGGCUUAGUUUCCAAGAGAUUGUGGCUGCAGAGAACUUUCUGUACUGUUUUGGAAUGAUGUUGGAAUUUAUAGCCUUUGUGAAGUUAAGGAUAAAAUAUCCAGCAGCAUCAAGACCUUAUAGAAUUCCCUUAGGUACAGUUGGAUCAAUUUUAAUGUGUGCGCCACCAACAUUUUUCAUUCUUGUGGUUAUGGUCCUAUGUUCAUUUAAGGUCAUGAUUGUCGGUUUCUUGGCUAUUCUUGUUGGGCUUAUUAUGCAGCCAUGUCUAGUUUAUAGUGACAGAAAGAAAUGGUUAAGUUUCUCGGUUAGCUCUGAACUUGUUGAUCUGCAGUCCGGUUAUCAUCAGGUUGGUGAGGCCUAAAGUGAUGAAUGAGACUACUAUUUCCUGAUAUUUGAAGCAUUGAAGAAGUUUGGGACAACUUAGAAUGUUGAGCCCAUGGCAAUUGUAAAUCAUUAUACUAUGAUUUAUCUUUUUACAAUGGAAACAAAUUGUAAUUCUUUAAAAAAAUUCAUGUAAUUACCUAUGCAAAUAUUUUAGCACUAUUUAUAUACUUUUGUAAGUUUAAUGUUACCCAA